AUGUGGAAGAGCGGAGGGCAACGGCGGGCAGAGAUUGCCAGGGACGGCCUAGGGCGGCAGCUGGUGGCCGUCGCAAUCGAUGCUGAUAAGAGCAGCCAGCACGCGCUGAAAUGGGCGGCCGAUCAUGUCAUCUCCCGAGGGCAGAUCUUCAUCCUUCUCCACGUCCGACGGAAGAUCACCACCAUCCCCACACCAAGUCAGAAUCCACAACUCAGAGAAGCAUCAAUGAUUUUUUUUUCCCACCGCAUUCGUUUUUCUUUUGAAUGGAUGCCGGUACAUCGUGAAGCUCGAUUUAUGAUUUCACUCUUACUCUUGACUAUCACGUACCCGAAACACCUGAGUGAGGACGACCCUUUGGUUGAGGCGUCAAAACCCGAACUGGUUUAAUGAAUAAACCAGUCUCCUACAGAACUCUCGAGCACCAGGACUCCGGACGGCUAUCGCCGGAAGGCCAGAUACUGAGGGGAGAGAGAAAACCUCGACGAGGGACGCGGGAAUACAGAGAGAGGAGAAUACAAAUAACCAAGACCUCUCAGGUCUUGGGGUCGCCGAUGCGAGAUGGCGAGUCUCCACUCCGCACGGAGUUCUUCACGAGGUUCUUCCAACCUUUCUUUCCAGUGGCCGCUCGGCCCUUCUUUAUAGCCGAAGUCCUCUGGCGUCGGCGACCGCCUCCCGUCUCACUCCGAUCGGGUCCGACGGGACCUGAGCCUUGCCGAGCUCGAUCGUUGUCGGGUCUGCCACGGUUCCCCGCCGAAUUCCAUCCGCCGCACACGUCCCCCUGUACUGCAGGCUCCCCCCACGUGCGGUUGUCUCCUUCGGUGUCUGAAUCCCGUCUGCCUUGCUUCGUUCCUGGGCUGGGCCGGUUUUUUCGAGACCUCUUUUCAGUGUCUCAGUGUCUCAACAGGAUCCUAAAUUGAUUUUUUUCAGGAAGAUUUAUCUAUCUUCUUUCCGAGCACUAUACCAGAUGAGGGUGGGUUGAUGAGCGAAAUAUAGGACAGAAAUCAAGCAUCACGAUGGGAUUUUCGUACGAUAGUAUUUGAAUUUAAAAGCAAAAAAUGCAUCUAUGAAAAUUCAUGCUUAUUCCACAGAAUGUUCGUCAUGUGAAAAUAGAUAAUAUUAAAUAAUUUUAUCGGGUUUAAAUCUUCAUUUUUCAUAUUUUCCUGCCUUUAAAAUAUUUAUUAUUUCCUUUUCAGCUGGGACCCAACUUCCUAUCUCAGAAGUAGAUGCAGAUGUUGCAGCUACAUUCAUGGAGCAGAUCAACAAUCAAACGAAAGAACUAAUUCUUCCUUUCCAAUGUUUCUGCAGCAGAAGAGGGGUAUGUACAGUUGCGUUAUUUUCAUCAGAGAAAUGAUCUCAAUGAGGGAACAGUUGGAGAUAAAUGGAGGGAGAGUGAAGCUAUUUGAACAGAAAAUGGGUUCCAAUGCUUCAAUGGAAGAAUUCUCUGGUUCAUGUAAUUUCAUCGCUGUCCCCAUCUCUGGAUUGGGCAGGCGUCACCUUGGUGCCUUAGAGUAUCUAUAUGCCUCUUCUGCAGUUAUAUAUGGAUGAUAUUACUCUGUUUUCUGAGACAAUGCUGGAAACAGGAAUUUUAACUGUCUUCUAGCUCUCAUUCAUUCUCUAUCCAUGUUAUCUUGUACCCAGUUACAGUGCAAGGAAGUCAUCCUGGAGGACACUGACGUAGCGAAGGCGAUUGUUGGUUUUCUCACAGAGCAUUAUGUUGAUAAACUCGUCAUGGGUUCGUCAUCCAGGAAUGCGCUUAUGAGGUGCGGACUUUGAUCCACCCAUAAAACCAUGCUAGUUAUUCGUUUUUGAUGGUAUUAUCAGGAUAUUAAAGUUAAGACUUCAACUGAUAUUGAUUUUCUCUCAGGACAUUAAAGUCCGAUGUGCCUACUUCUGUUUCAAAAGCUGCUCCAGAUUUCUGCUGUGUUUAUAUCAUAUCAAAAGGAAGAAUAUCUUCGAUCCGACCAGCGUCUAAUCCAAAUAAACAUCCCACUCGGCCUCACUACUUUGAAACAUCAGGAAAUCAAUUCCAGUCCAUUAAAAGUGGGUAAUCUGAUCUUGGAUUGUCACUAAUGGUUGAUCUUAUUCUGCACCUUUUAGAAAGAUGUUCAGUAUUCCAAUCCACUCGUAUCUUACAGGUGAACCAGAUGCUGGGCACCGCAUGGAGACUGUCAGAAGGUGAAGUUAUUCAACUUGCCAAAACUUGAUCAAUGUGUUGAGUGCGCUACGUUCAUUGAGUCUCAUCAUGGAUCAUCCCUUACUUAGUAUGAUCCACAUAGGAUUUGGGUAUUUAUGGCUAUUUCUGGUCUCCUCUCCCAUGGUAGGGGAUAUUUGGGCAGCAUUAUUCUCUUCCCAUCUCGAUUUUUCUGAUACUGAGGGUUUUUAAUCAGGUCCACAAGGGGCUUAAGCUCAGCCGAAGGGGCAAGUAUAAAGUUCAGGUCACCAGCUGUGAACUACGACAGUGGAGUGGAUGAAAGGAGCAUCACCAACGCUCAAGGAGAGGCCUAUUCCGACUACUCAUACGAGAGCACAGUCUCGUGCCCCAGCCCUAGCAGGACAUGCGCCGAGCACUUGGGCAGCAACCAUCCUCGAGACCAUACCGAUGCUGCUAGGCAAUCACGCCUUUUAUUGCUGCUGACUGAGAAAGCUCAGAUCAGAGAGCAAAAGAAAGGCUUUGAGUUGAACAGAGAGGAUACAGAAACAUGGGCAGUUGGCUCUCGUUCCAACAGCAUCGAAGAUUCGUCUGUCUUUCAUAAAGAGCGUGGAAGAAGUUCAUUUUCUGGUGGAUCAAUGGUACGCUUAUGUUGGCUUAUUUCUUUCCAGCAUCAAGCGUUAGUUUUCUCCCUCGACUAGCCAUUCCCCUUUUUCUUCAGAUUAUAAGUUUCUUCUAGACAUUGAUUGAUGAGCAUGCUGGGUUGCAGUUCUCUAAUGAUUUUGGCUUUAGUCGUCGAGUAGCUGGUUAAAAGCACCUACCUAAACCAUUGCGAUUCCUAAUUCAUGUGAAGACUUCCCUUUCACAGGCUCUAGAUUGAUUGAGGAAUUAUAUAUACUUUUGAGCUUGAACAAUCUAAACCUCUCCCGCGUAUGUAAAUCUAGGCCAUCCCUUGGAGCUACCAUGUCGGAAAUGCUAAACCUUGAACGAUAUAUCACACUAUCUGAAUCGGACUUGGAAGAUCUUGAUGAACUGAAUGGUCAACCACGUAAAGUUUUCACCAGUAGACUAGUCCUUGGGGAGAAGGUAGAAGAAUUUUACUCUGAAGACAUUCCCCACUCUAUCUAGCUGUAAGAGUUCCUUGAGAGGAAAGAAACGCAACUCCCAAUUAUGGGCUCUGUGAAAAUGGCAUAAAUAAUUCUCAUUCAUGAUUAAAUGGAGACGACUCCAUUGUUCUUGCUGAGUUCUUGAAGAAGACGUGUUCGUUUUAACCGAAAGAUAUGUAAAAUGUUGCUGCAGGAAGAUGUUGAAUCCGUGAUGAGAAGCUUAAAGCUCGAGAUGGAACAAAGAAUGGACCUGUACAACAAUGCUUGCAACGAGGUACUCAAUGCUAAACAGCAGGUAGACCCUGUUGCCAUGACUGCAUUCAUCAGCUGUUUAUAAGCCUCCAACUCUUAAUUAUGAUUCCAUUUAUCCGUAAAAUAUUUCCAGAGUUGAUAGAUGAUUCCAUUCUUUUCAUGCAUCUUAGUCCCAAUUGUUUCUCUUCCACAAUUUUUUCUACAUAAAUGAAUAAUCAUACAUCAGACGCUUAGAUGGGCAUCUGCUAUGAGGGCACACACUUGGAAUUUCCAUCGUAGCUAGGGGAAUGAUGAAAUGCUGAUGACUGAACAGGUGACGGAUGAAUUCGCGGAAGAAGAGAAAGAACAGUGGGCGCUGCCUGAAACUGCCCAAGCAGCAGCACAGAGGCACAGGAUGGGCGAGAUUGAGAACAUGAGUAUCUCGGGCGAGAGAAAAUUGCUGCAGGAGAUGAUUCAGAAGAAAAAAGUCUUGGAGGGGCUGACGACGGACGUCCCUUACAGGAAAUACGCUAUCGAGGAGAUCCAACGUGGUACAGACAACUUCUCCGAUGAACUGAAGAUCGGGGAGGGCGGAUACGGACCUGUUUUCAGAGCCACUCUGGACAGCACCGUCGUCGCGAUCAAGGUCCUUCGGCCGGACGCCGCCCAAGGCGCAAAGCAAUUCCAACAAGAGGUAUCGUCGCCAUUGCCCGCUCCUUUCUGUUUCUUCACUCCAGUUCCAUCCCCAAACCCUAGUUGCGGGGAGCUUCAGACUGUCAGAUUUUUACUGAAGAACCGUGAUCCUCUCCAGAUCGAGGUGCUGGGCUGCAUCCGCCAUCCGAACAUGGUCCUCCUCAUGGGAGCUUGCCCCGAGUACGGAUGCCUCGUCUACGAGUACAUGGCCAACGGCAGCCUCGAGGACCGUCUCUUCUGCCGCUCCAACACCCCGCCGCUCCCCUGGCAGCUCCGCUUCCGGAUCGCCGCCGAGAUCGCCACCGGCCUCCUCUUCCUCCACCAGACCAAGCCCGAGCCACUCGUCCACCGCGACCUCAAACCCGGCAACAUCCUACUCGACCACAACUUCGUCAGCAAGAUCGCCGACGUCGGCCUCGCGCGGCUCGUCCCCGCCGCCGUCGCCGACGCCGUCACGCAGUACCGUCUCACCGUCGCCGCCGGCACCUUCUGCUACAUCGAUCCCGAGUACCAGCAGACGGGAAUGCUGGGAAUCAAAUCGGACAUCUACGCCCUCGGGAUCAUCCUCCUGCAACUCGUCACCGCCUCCCCUCCCAUGGGGCUCGCCCACAGCAUCGAGAGGGCCCUGGAGGAGGGCCGCUUCGAGAGCCUUCUGGAUCCCGCCGUCCCGGACUGGCCCGUCCGGGAGACGAUGGCUUUCGCCAAGCUGGGCUUGAAUUGCGCCGAGCUGCGGAAGAAGGACCGCCCCGACCUGGCCUCCGUGGUGCUCCCGCAACUCAGAAAUCUCUCAGAGAUGGCUCAGUCGGUGCCCAUGGCUUCAAGGUUCUACAACCAUUUAUCCAUCUCGAAGUAGACGUCUGGUUCGUGAGUGGAUCGAAGAAUCAUCUGUAUCAUCUCGAUCGACUUCGAGUUGACUUUUCCCAAUUAGGGUUGACGCUGGUUUCCUUGCAGGAAUCACGGCCGCAAAUCAUGCAAGCAGCUGCUGAGAUGACCCCAGUGAGGUCCAAUUUAUGUUUAGCCCCCCUUUCUAUUGUGCUAUAUGCAUCUAAUCCGUGUAAAUUGUAUUAUUGUAAACUUGUACGUCAAUGUGCAUACAUAUCAAAAUGGGGGAGUGCGAAGAAAAUUUAUCCUUGUCUGGGUUGAAGACGGGAGACUCUAUCCUCGGACAGUCUAGGAAGCGGAGGUGGUAGUGUGAGAGAAGAGCGAGGGAGCCAUGGCGGUGCUCUUUCGUUGCGCCCUCUGCCCACCGUCCUCCGUGUCGCCGUCCGAAUCCCGCCGGCGGCGCGUAGAUCGUCCGGCGAAAGCCCCAGGUGA